AUGAUUUCGAGCGAAUGGGGCGCUCCGAACGUUGUCAAGAAAGGUUUCCACAUGGAAGAUGUAAUUGGAGGUGUUUCCAUCCUUUUAUUCUAAGUAAAAAUAUUGUUUUUCAAGGAAAAUACGGUCACAGUCUCCACGUGUUCCGAUGGAGCACACAUGAGCGGAUUCAGACGAUCGAAUUACCGGUUGAAGACGGAUCGAUGCCCCUCGAACUGAAGUAAAUAGUUGAAAAAAAAUGUUUUUGAAAAUUGGAUGGGCUGUUUAGUGACCCCUCGAGAGGAAAAUGUGAUUUUAUUUUUAGAGGAUAUUAGUUUUUGGGAACUUUAAUGGGUAAAAUUGCAGAUAGAAAAAUGAAAUUGAGGAAAAAUGCGAUGGCUCAAUCUAAGUGACCACUUUAGGAGUCCAAAUUGAGCAAUGAAACCUAAAAAAAAGAUCUUUCCUUGGUUGGGGAUCUCUGAAAUGUUUAACUACUUUGUCACGGCUUUAGGAGUUUGCCUUUUAGUGGCCCCUAUAAUAGUCGAUUUAGUGUUCCCUUUAGAAGUCUAAGUGAUCCUACUAUACCAGUGAAAACUACUAUAGUGACCACUAGACGGAAAACGGAGCCUUCUACAGAAGUGGUUUAGUAGCCAGUUUAGUGUCCUCUCCAAGUAGUCCUUGAGGAACCUCUUAAGGGGCCACUAGAAUUUUUCGCAGGCAGGUCCAAAGUACCAGGAUGUGUAUACAGUAUUUAUUUUCAGGCCAUGGGAAGGCGCAAAAAUAGGUAUUCGCCCUGAAAAAUUUUAGUGGGCACUCUAGAGUUUUGACGUUUUAGUGGCCCCUAUAGUAGUCGAUUGAGUGUCCUAUUAAAAAGUCUAACUGCCACUACUAGACCAAAACUGCUUUAGUGGCCACUUAGACGCAAAAAAGUGGAUUCUGAAUAGUUUGUUUUAGUGGCCACUUUAGUGUCCUCUCCAAGUAGUCUUUAAAGAUCCACUUAAAGAACGCUUGAAAGCGACCACUAAGGCGCAAGAUCGUGGCGUCUAAAGAAUGGUUUUAGUGGCCACUUUAGUGUCCUCUCCAAGUAGUCCUUGAGGAACCCCUUAAGCGGCCUCUUUACGGGAAAUUUCCGUCGCUUCUCACUGGCGAAUUUGUCCUUUCCACGGCGGUUUUUCCAUCAAAAACGUCAAAAAUCAGCCCUUGAGUGACCACUUGAACUUCUCAGGUUCCUCCAUGAGCCAACCAGCGAACACGCCUUUGUGGGAUGUGCACUUGGUUCAACGGUUUAUCAUCUCCAUCCCAAAUAUGUACUUUUUUAAAGAUUUUUUGUAAGUCAAUUUUUUUUUUCAAGAACAACACGAUGGACUACCAAGCGACUGACGUCAUCAACAUUGCCAGCAAAAAGGUUCUUGGGAAAUGAAAAAAAAAGUUGUAACUUUCAAAUGACAGGUGGAAGGCUGGAUGCUGCCGUUGAUGCCGGCGUUGAUCACCGAUAUCCUGGUGUCCAUGGACGACAGAAUGUUGUACGUUUCUUGCUGGCUCCACGGCGACAUCCGUCAGUACGAUAUUAGUAAUCCGGCCGAGCCGAAUUUGGUUGGACAGGUGAUUUUUUCAGGUUCUGAGCCUUGAACGGGCAUUUUUCUGCCAUAAAUUCACUAAAGAGGUCCCUUGAGGACUUCUUGGAAAGGACACUAUAGUGGCCACUGAAGCAACCUCUAUAAAAGCCACUAUUUUGCGUUAAAGUGCUCACUAUAGGAGUUUUUAGGGGUUUAGUAGUACCCUUCAGACUUCUCAAGAGGCCACUAAACUUAGUCACUUAAGCGGCCAAUGAUCCGACCACUAUAGUGGCCACUUGAGCUUCGAAUCCUUAAAGUGGCUCCUAAGUUUUUGACACUUAAGUGGCCGCUAUGCCGGCUACAAUAGUGGCCUCCAAAAAAGCCAGAACCCUAAAGUGGUCACUAAGUUUUAGUCACUUAAUUGGCCCCUAAACGUUAGGCACUUAAGUGGCCACUAUGUCGACUACAAUAGUAGUCACUAAACACCCAGAACCCUAAAGCGGUCACUAAAAAAUUGUCCCAAUUCGAUCAUUAUUUUUUCGAUUUUAUCAAACUAGAAUGUUUUCCUUAAAUUCGUCAGAAAAAAUUAGCCCAUUUUUCAAAAUUCAGGUCUACAUUGGUGGAUCGAUUCAUGACGAGAGUGGAGUUACGGUAGUUGGCGAGAAUGCGGUUAGUUUUAUCCAGAAUUAAAGAUAGAAAGAUAAUUUUUUUUCUGAAGAAUAUGCAGGAGAUUUGGUGAAUUUUACGUAAUUUUAAAGAAAUAUGAGAAUUUUUUUGAACCUAUAAAAAAAUUAGGUUGAGAUUCAGGUAGGAGCACAUUCCUGGGAAAAACUAAAAUUGAAAAAAAUUUUUAAAAAAAUCGAAAAAAAUAAUUUCAGAGGCUUUCCGUGAAGUAUAAUCAAGGGUAUGGGAUUUUCAAAGACUUAAAAAAAUUUUUUUGAAUUGAAAAAAAUCAGCUUCAAUUUUAAGCGAAGACUUUCUACGUAGAAAAAACCAAAAAGCUUUUUGAAAAAAAUGAUUUUGAAGGCUUUCUGGGAAGUGUACCGGCGUUUUUCAGAGGCUUUGGGAAGAAAUUGAAAAAUUUUAAAAAUUAACAUUUUUGAAAAAAAUGACUCUAGAGGCUUUCUGGGAAGUGUACCGGCGUUUUCAGAGGCUUCAGAAAAAAAUUCAAAAUUUAAAAAAAUUAACAUUUUUGAAAAAAAGAUUUGAAAGGCUUUCUAGACAGUGUACCAGCGUUUUUCAGAGGCUGCGGGAAAAAAAUGAAAUUUUAAAAAAAUAAAAAAUACCGACAAUUUUUUUGAAAAAAAUAAAAAUUACUUUAGAGGCAUUCUAGGAAGUGUACCGGCGUUUUCAGAGGCUGCAGGGAAAAAAAUUCAAAAAAAUAAAAAGAGUAAAAUUUUUUUGGAAAAAAAUUAAUUUAGAGGCCGGAAUUCCGAGACCCUUUCUGAAUUUUUUAAAUCAAAAAAUGGGCCACAAUUCCAGCCGAAAGCCCUCUACGUGAAAAGGACGAAAAUCGAAGGAGGCCCUCAUUUGAUGCAACUGUCUUUGGAUGGAAAACGAAUGUACGUGACGACGUCGUUGAACAACGCCUGGGAUGAACAAUUUUAUCCAAACCUCAGAAAGUUUGCUCAAAAUUUCGAAAUCGGACUGAUUUUGAUCGGGUUAAGAGUUGGAGCGACGAUGGUCUUGUUGGAUAUUAACCCGACCGGCGGAAUGAAAAUCAAUCAAGACUUUUUGGUGGAGUUUGGCAAGCUUCCAGGUGAGUUUAGUACAGUAUUAAGGGAAAAAUAUGGUUAUCUAUGUUUUAAUCAGUUUAAAUAGCCUGGUAAGUAGAUAUUUAAAAAAAUUGAAAUUUGGCUCUUUUUUUGGACCUUUUUUUGGUCUGCUUAUUUUUUUGAGAACUGCUUAAUUUUGGUCUACUCAUUUUUUUUUAGAAGUGAUUUUUUGGUUUUCCUAAUUUUCUUGAGAUCUGAUUUUUGGUCUGCUUAUUUUUUUUAGAAGUGAUUUUUUUUGGUUUUCUUUGAAUUUUUUUUUGCUUGAAAAAUUGCUUAAUUUUUGGUCUUCUUAUUUUUUUGAGCCGCUCAAAAAUUAGGGCAGUUCGUUUUCUCAAUGAAAACACGGCUUCAAAAAAAUAAAUACAAAUUUUAAAAAAAUCAAAAAUCUUUCCAACGGCUAAAAAGUUCUGAAAAUUCUUUCUUAAGACCAAAUUAUGAAUAAUCUCUAUUUCCGUAAAGUUUUCAGAAGAAAAACACGCAGAAUCCUUACUUAAACUGAAGUUUUAUCCCAGAAAAUCGAAAAAUACGAACUUUCCCUUCUCGAUUUGAGCUUUUAUCCCUGAAAAUCGAAAAUACGAACUUUCCUUCCUCAAAUUGAGCUUCUAUCCUUGAAAAUCAAAAAAUACGAACUUUUCCUUCAAAUUGAGCUUUUAUCCCUGAAAAUCAAAAAAUACGAACUUUCCCUUCUCAAAUUGAGCUUUUAUCCCGGAAAAUCAAGAAAAAAAAACUUCAGGUGGCCCAUAUUUGGCACAUGAAAUGCGAUUCCCCGGUGGCGAUUGUACGUCAGACAUUUGGAUUUAG